GCCACUUCUGCAGCUGCUUUGAUUCACAGAGAUUUGUUGUGGCAAUGGCCUGCCUAAAGGUUUGGCAUGCUGCUGUAGGAAAUGCUGCAUCUACAAGCAGGCACCAGAAGUUGGCCACUCUGACCUAGGAGCAGAUUGAGGAGAAGGUUGUCUGUUCUCCUGUGAAAUAAAGCAGCACCUUCCAAGCAAUCUUUUGCAGAUUUUCAGGGCUCAGCUGCAGCAAAGUCACAUAUGGGAAGAAUAAGAGAAAAUAGCAUGCCUACAGUCUGAGCAGGGCAUAUGUCUUUACAAGCUGAACUGCACGGCCGUGUCACCUUCUCCUACCAGCUACAUGUAACAGCAGCCUCCCCACAUUCUCUCUGGGCUCCCACCACCACCUCAUGCCUGAAGCAUUCCUCUCUUGGAGGCAGGCCAGAGAAGCUUGAAAAACUGAGCCCUGCCUGCUUCUAGUGGUUUGUGCAGAGGCUGGUACCCAUCACUGAAGAGCUCUUGUGGGCAAGCUGCCAUAUUCGUGGCUUCUUGCAAGACCCUCCUGCCUGGUAAUCACCUAUCCACACUUUAAGAUUUCCUCUGGUAUAUUAUUCCUGUGGUGCGGUGGUGGAAUCAAUGGAAAGAGGCCUGAUUUUGUCUCCAGGUUUUCCAAACAACUACUACCCAGGGACGCACUGUGUUUGGCAAUUUUUCAUUCCCAUGAGAACCCAUCUCAUCUUGGAAAUUUUUGACUUUGACAUUUUUGAAAGCUCUAGCGAAACUCCGCCCCCCUGGGAUGGUUUUUCAGCCCCUGCUGUAACGGAAAGUAAGGACACAUCCCCUCCUCAGGAAAACCCGGACUUCACUCUCCAUACCACUGAAUCCUCUCUCCAGACAUGGAUGUCGAAAGUGGCUCAGAAUCUGAGCAGCACAGGAGAUCAGUCAAAAGAACUUUCUGGUCACCUGGAACAAUUUCCAGGAGCUGCCUCAAAGAAAGAUGAAGCCAAACAAGCAUCUGAAGAAAACCAGUCUAAACAGAUGAAGAAACCCAAAGCGAUCACCAAGACCCAAACAGAAGAACUGCCAUUCUCUGUGGCGAGUGGUGCCACGAUGCAGAGACAAAAUACCAGUGACCGAGAAACAGAGGAAGAUUUGAAAGGCAAAACUUUGCUUGCCCGCCUAGCUGCUAGUGAGAGAGAUGAAGUUUUGGGAGAGAGCUGGACUCUCCCCACAACGGUACUGCCAGUGGAAAUCUCUUCCAGCCCACAGUCAGCAGUGGAUGUCUGUCCCCACGAUGUAUUGUAUGUCUCUGAUCUCAUCACAUUUUCCUCUCGCUUCUGUGGACCAAAUUCACCUUUAAACAAAACCAUGGUCUUUGGUUCAUCUCUGGAAAUGGUUGAGGUUAUCAUGGAGCUAAUUACCACCACUGACCGGGGCCGAGGCUUUGCAAUGCUCUUUGAAUACAAGAACAUCACUGAACCCAACACUGUAGACGCUGUGAGGCAAGAAAGAAACGAAAACAUGAUGAUGAUGGCAGUUUUAACAGGGACUGUCUUCUUUGCACUGGCUUUGCUCUCUGCCCUCUGCAUAGCUUGCAGGCAGAGAACGUGCCCCAAAAGGAGCUCAUCCAACGCAUGCAGUGACCAGGAGAAUGGGAUCCAGAACUCCGCCGUUGAUAUCAAUGAGCUCCAGCUUGUGGUGCCAAGUCGGGAGAAUGAAAACAACAACCACUCUGUCAGCCGGGAGCAGGCGGUCACUUCCUGUGAAGGCAGCAUAGAACGGUCUCCUCAGGAUACUGACCCAGAUGUGCCCUCUUCCACCUCCGCAGUGACUACUGAGACAGGAAGCGAUGAAGUGUUUAUUAUUUCUGCUGGACCUGGAGCCAGUGGGCUGAGCUUUACCACCUACAGAAUACAGGACAAAAACCUAAAAAGAAGUGUCACAAGCCCAGCCUCUGUAUCUGACUGGCUGACUUCUAAUCCAAUGGCUACAGGAGCAGACACGGUUGAGAAGGGAAACAUUCAGAUGGAAAAUCAUUACCCCAGACAACGCACGUGGAGUGCCCGCACUUUCCAUGAUUUCCUGGCUCCAUUACCACAGUUACAGAAAAAAUGGUGUAGCUGGACCACCAAUAGUCCCUUCACAAAGCUGGUUGACAACAGUGCUUUUCCUACAGCUGCAAGAACCCAAGGUGUUCCGACCAGAAAGGUGAUUUCUGCCACUGAGAUAGAAGGAGCUUCAGAGACAGUUUACUCUGAUUCAUCUGCCAGCAAUGCCUCAUACCCCCUCACUCUGUCUGCACAAAGGCAGCGGAAGCUAAGCUCCUGCAACUUGAAGAAAUCCAGGUUUGGGAACCCUUACUUUGGAUUUUUAGCUGGUUCCCCUGACAGCAAACGUGUGAGGUCCUUGGAUCCCUCAAGACAUCUAGGGGCAGUAUCGCCAGUUAACAGCCAAAGCCCCCCAAAUACUCUAGAGAGCUCCAACGCCCUGAAAAUCAACUUGGUCAAUGGUUCAAAAACAAAAGAGCUUGUGAUAGAAACAGAUAAAAACAAACCAGUUUUUGUUAUUUCUGAAGAAGGAGAUGAUCAGCAGCCUCUGGUCUUAGCAGAACAUCUUAACCAAUGCGGAGAUCAUCUCUCUGAGCAAAAUGCUGUGUAUGCACCAGCUGUGCCAGACAAACAGCCCGUGGUUCUGACUGCUGAGGGCAACAGUUCUGCCACGUUCAUGUCAAAUCUUCCAUUUUGGGCAAAGUCUCCCGGUUUAUACAAAGGUCAGGUGAAGGCCCCUAACUCUUCCAGGGACCAGCAGAGCUUGUCAGCAGUAGAUGCUAAUACUAGUGCGACCUCACAGAACUUUGAUACCCUAGCUGCUCCUCCAGUAUGUGAAGCCUCAGUCCAAUGAUGCUCUCAGAAAGACUGAACCAUCAGUUCACAAAAACAGAGGCAGCAGGCACAUGAUCUGAAUGGAAGUGGUGCCAAGCAUGGCAGCCAUACGUGGACACGACUUUUGUAAGAGUAGUCUCUGCUUCCCACCCGUUGGCUUUGGGAUUAUGGCUAUAUGUACCACACCACAGCACAAAUGCCAUCUUCCCUUUUGCUCAUUAACAAACGUAUUUUUCUGCAUGGAAUUUUGAUGUGUUUUAUUCAAGGAAGUAUUCUCUGAAAAGGUAUUUCACACUGCAGAAAAUCUUUUCUGGAAUGAGACAUGAAAGUCAUCUGAGACAGUUACAUCAUGGUUUAUAUCUAAAAUGUAAAUCAGUCCUCUGUCACUGUGGUACCACUUGAGUCUUUCUGUUAGAAGCUAUGAGUUAAAUUCUGCUCGUAGGUAUGCCCGUACAAUUCAAGCCUUGCCAAGCCAAGGGUAAGAAUUCAAUCAUGCAUGUCUGCAUACUGUUUUGUAAACAAUUUUAAACAUUUCAUAACUUCUGCACUCUAGCUCUAAGUUUACCAAGCAUUAGCAUUUCUAAUAUUAAAGACCAUGAGUAUCUCAUAUCCUAACUCUUUAGAGUGCAGACAAGCUACGAAAGUCUGACUAGCUUUAUUUUUGUUAGAUCUACAUAGGCUUAAACACUUCAGUCCACUAUGUUUUAAGGUGACUCCUCGUGGCAACAGGAGCAUGUGUACAAAAACACUGAAAUACUCGCUUGGAAUAGCCUUCAGUACCCAACACUUGGAUAUUUGCAGCUGCUCUGAUCCUAUAUCCACCAGCUAUUUAUUACUGGUAACGCACAUUGACUAGAGAAACUAUUUCCCUUCCUUUAGCAGGCAAGACUUAAAAGACAAAAUUAAGUGUGGCAAACUUUGAGUGCUCAUUUUCUUUAAAAAUGAACUAGUAAGUAGCUGUGCCCCCCAAUCACAAAUUCAGAGCAUUCAGUAGAGCACUGAACCAAAGGGAAGCCUGCUUGUCCUAUUACCUUUAAUAACCCAAUCGUUAUUUUAAUGCCUCCUGGUGAUAUUUCUGUCUUUUCAAGAAAAUCCUGAACAUUCAACUCUCAACUUAGAAUUAUCUUUCUUUCUUAAAUGAAAGAAACCUCUACAAAGCUGUAUUUUGCAACUUAAAUUAUUUUUACUUUCUUAAAUAAAUAAAUAAAAAUCCCUAUAAAGGGGAUUCCUGUAUUUUGCAGCUGACGCAGGACACUGUUUUAAGGCAACAGUAAGUCAUAAAACAGGUGCCAGAAUGAAAUCUCCCAUACAAGUCUUCUCCUAUAUUAGCUACACUGUGCAUCGAGUUAUCUUAAUCCUUCUAUGUGAAGGCAUUUAAGUUUGAUUCCUGGGAUAUUUAACUGAAUUAUUUAUGAUUUCACCUGCUAUUACAGCUUCCAUUUGCCACCUGUUAAUGUCUGAGAUAUGCAACACAAGAUUGUAGGUUUUGCCUAAUAUUUUGUGUACAUGUCUGUGUAGACAUAAAAGGCUUGCAUCUUGUAGCAGUGGAAGCAAAAACCAUAUAUGCCCUUCAGCAGUUGACUCAAAAAUGAACAGCAGACAGAUGUCAGCAUUUAUUAUUACCAGACUGUGUUGAGUAGUUUUGAAGCACAAGAGUCUGGCUCCAAGUUUUGUUUUUGUUUUGUUGUUUUUUUUUCUUCUAAAUUAAUGUUACAUGAAUCAAAGGGAAGAGUUAAUAUAUUUAUGACAAGAAAAUAUUUAAACAUCUACAGUACUCUAAUAACUUCCACAAUGUUAAAUUCAUACACAUUGUAAAUCAGAGCCAAUGCUACAUUUCUUAUUAUAUUUCUGGAGAUUGAAUUACUAAAAUCUACUUUGGAAAAGUAUUUGUGUUCAGUUACUGACAGCACCUACAUGUGAAGGGCUGGGAAAAGUGACUUUUUCAAUAAAAGAGUGUUUAACUAUUCAUUUCUGCAAUGUAAUGACACAGUUUAUUUUGCUGAAAUACUAAGUUGUAUAUGCCUUGCCCCAGAGUACCAGGCCAUCUCAUGAUGUACACCAAUACAGCAGCCCAACUGCAGCAGUUGCUGCAAUGAAAUGAGCACAAAAACCGCUGCAUCCCUCAGUCCAACACUAAAGGUUUAGAUCCUGGUUCCUCCUCAGUAACUCAGGUAGGUAACAAGGGGUUGUUUACAUGGACUUUCUUUACUACCUACCUUUGGAACCAAAGGCUCUCCUCUUGAACAAUACGCACUAUUGAACAACGCUGCUUGUUCUCAGAACAGGGGUGGCAGACAUCCUACACUAUACAAAGAUGGGACCUUACACCCCUGAAAGAUAGCAAAGCCUAAUGCCAAACCAGCACCCGCUGCAGAUGCACAGAAGACCACCCCCUCCCUCCCUCCCGGUCAACCCUGAUCAGCCAGGAGCACAGCAUAUGGGAGACUUAUGCUUAAAUUCUUGACCUGCCUUUUGAAGUUCCUAUUAUUUUUAGGCAGAUCACCAAAAUGCACUGCUAAAGAGGUACUUGCAUUUCGUACCUUCAAAGAACAGGAAAUAGAUUUUCCUCCUCAUAGAGCAAAGAGGAACUAUUUUGAAGUUCUCCCCACCACACCUCCUCCCCCCAGCUCUGGGUGGAAUAAAGUGCUUUAAUGCUUCAGUGCUUUAGAGCUGUAAAUAUUGACCAGGAUUAGUUCUUAAACAGAAAUGUUACUGUGCCACUUAGUUUCCUCUUAAUGGCUCUAUUACUUUUGAGAGAUAUUCUGCAACUUUUUAAUGAUAAAAAACCUCACAGCUUGUGGACCUGAGAUGCAGUUUUACCUUUGUGGUAACGCAGUCAUUUUACUGUGCUAUUUUGCAUACUGUAACUAAGCAGCAAAUGGGAUAAGCAUGCUAAACACUUGCUGAAGAGGAAGAAAAAUUUUCCUGUUCAAUUGUGAAUGAAAUUAUGUCUUAAAAUGUUAUAGAUCUAACAAAAAGUUUUUUUCCCUCCCCCCACUAAAAUUGGAUUUGAAUAAUGUACACUUAAAAAA